AUGGCUCUCUUCGAAUCAAGCUGGGACACCAAGUCCAGUAAUGAGGCUCUCGUUCACAACUCUGCUCCAUCUUUGAAGCCUAAAAUUGGAAAGAAGAACAACAAUCGACGGGACUCGACUACGAAGCCCAGCGCAGGCAUUGAAGGAAAUGGAGAAGGGACGAAUAUCGACCUAGAUAAAUUAUUGAAAAAGAUGUCGGAUAUUAGCGGUGGGGGCACGAAAGGCAAUGGGAAGGAGAAGGCGAAGGGGAAAGAAAGGAGAAGGCGAAGAGAAACGAAAAGGAGAGGACAGAAGGGCAAAUUGAAGGAGAAGGAAUUAAAGGGCACGGCGAUCCCGGUUCCUCCAAUACCAGAGGUGAUAGCAAAGAGUCCUAAGGCGAAAAAGCAAAAACGAAAGGAGAAGGAAGUGCCAGAAGGGUCAGAGGACAAUGCUACUGCUGGUGCGAAACGGAAGGCUGAGGAGAGUGACUCGGCAGUCAAAUCGAAGAAACAAAAGAAAAACAAGGACAUACACAAGCGGAGCCAAAGGCUAUACCACAUUGGAUUCAGGCACCAAACCAAAUCAUGGCCUUCUAACCCUGUCGAUCUCAUUUCUACUUCCUUGUCUACACUUUCCCCACGGAGCAUCAUCGUUGACCUAGGUUGCGGCGACGCCCAACUCGCUAAAACACUCGUCCCACAAGGCUUAAAUGUUCUUUCCUUUGACUUGGCCAGCGACAACAAAUGGGUCGUUGCAGCGGACAUAUGCACGCGCAUACCUCUCCCAGGGAGCGAGAACUCUCAAUGCGAGGGGGCUAUAGCAGAUGCGUGUGUAUGCAGUCUGAGUUUGAUGAGCACAAAUUGGAUAGGGUGUGCGAGGGAAGCAUGGAGGGUGCUGCGCAUUGGAGGUCGGUUCGUGGUUGCAGAGGUAACAAGUAGGUUCCGAGAUUCGAAGGAAUUUACCAAGGUGCUAUCAGAACUUGGAUUCGAGUUGGUUGAACAGAGUGCGCCAAGCACGCAUUUCCUCUUGUUCGAGUUUCGAAAGGUCGAACGCAAAGGCAGUAUCCAGACAUCGUGGAAUAAUAUUCAGAAAAAUUCCGAAGGACUGCUUAAAGCAUGCGAAUACAAACGUCGAGGGCCUGAAUGGGCUGUGAUCACCACACCCCACACACCACCACCAACGACGAUGUCAUCGACGCAGCGAGACGACGGGCUACUAUCCCAUAUUAGUGUGCUCAACACGUAUACUGGAGCUCCAUUGACACUAGCAGUACCGGCUGGAGCCCGUGUUGCGGAUUUGAAGACGGUGAUUGCGGAGCAGUGUCCAGGGCAACCGAAACCGAAUGGACAGAGGAUCAUAUGGAAAGGGCGCAUAGUGGUAGACGAAGAAGUACCUGGCCACGAUACCCAUACCGUGCAUCUGGCAGUGCAUCCUUCGGCCUGGUCCACCCCACCGAAAAACGACGAAAUAUCGCAUGUAUCUGCAGCAUCCACUACCCCUGCGGCUCCCUCAUCACACCCGGCGCACCCUAUCGGAAAUCCGAUUCCCACCCCUUUACUAUCAUCGCUUAACCAACACACUCCUACCCACCUACCAAGCCCAGCCAGUGUAGCAAAGGAUUUUGUUAUGUUCCACCAUACAAAUGCGCUACGGGUUAUGGCUGGGCAGCCUAUGGAACCCUGGUCAUCUCCUGGUGGAAUCGAUCAAGCGAGCGCUACUCAUUGGGCAUUUAUGGCACUGGUAGCUGCCGGGCAAACGCUCCCUCCCAUACUGCUUACCUCCUAUCCCCCACAUCAUCCCGACGAAUCCGGUCUCGAAUAUACUUUCGUCACUAUUGAUGGCCGACCCUACCUUUCUCUUCUUAAUCCUGAUGCAUCACCCACCCCCACACAGCAACAUGCAAUUCGAGUCCUUACCUCCACACUUGCUCUCAUUCCUUAUCUCGACGACCUAACACCCCCACCUCCAGUACACUCGCCCCUUCCUUAUACAUUUCAACCUGUUGUUCCUCCCCCUCGUCAAUCGACUCGAGCAACCCUUCAGCGUGUUCGUCGGUUGAUUGUUGCGCUUCGCACGCUGGUCCCGCUUUCAUUUACACUCCUCCGCGCAUCUCUAUUUAUCGUAUUUUUCCCACAAGCUAGAGAGCCGUUGUGGUUGGCCGUUAUCAUCGCUGUUGUGCUGUACGAGGCUCGAUUGAUUAUCAACCGCGCGAAUGAGGCGUUGCCUGAUAUCCCCAACCGCAACCCUGAUCCCAAUGAUCCCAAUCCUCGACCCGCACAAGGCCCAUUGCCUAACCCGAAUGGCCGAACCAAUAACCUUCUGUCGAUGAACCUCCAGUCUAUCUUUGACCGUGCGACUUUAAGCGGCAUCGAUUCCGAAGCAGCUCAACUCGACUUGGACGUACCCGAACGCGAGCUGCGUCCGGUUGCAGAGAACGAAACUCCUGUGCAUGAAUGGUCUGUUCGUAUCCGGUCGUUUGUUCUCCUGUUGGGCACCACACUCGUUCCUGCUGCUUGGUCGCGGAGACGAGAAGCCCUGAGACUCAGGGAAGGCCGGGUACGGGUUGUCUAUGGAGAACGUGCGAAUGCUGUCCGCGUCGAAAACGAGGAAGGUCAGCAAGUUGCAGGAAUGUUGGGUGAGAAGCGGAUUGCUGCUUUGCGCCCUGGUGGAUGGCGACGAUCAAAUAAGAAAUGUGAUCAAGCGACAGGUCCGGCUGGGUGUCAACGUUGUGCCCGAGAUGGAGUAGAGUGCGGAUGGUGCUUGACUACUACUGAUAAUUGGGGAGCGUUCGGCUCAGUCGCGAAGCCCGAAGAUUAUGCUGGAGACCACAACCCAACUCGUUAUCUUGAUCGUACCGGUUCGAGUCUGAUUACCACCUCUGUCCGUCCUCAAAUCCCCGACAAUGUUCCUAUAUUCCGGAGAAAUGACAGUGGCUGGCCCGCAAACAACCCGGAACAACACGUUGACGUCCCAAACUGGUCCUACGAAACUCCUGUGUCUCGACAUAAUGCUCGUCUCCAGCCACGUACUGCUGUCGUUCAUAACCAGUCUUUGUCGCCCUUGAGUCAGCAAAAUUACACCCCCCAUGCUGGCAUUCCUGCUCCCCCAGUUCGACAAAACGUGACUUUGGAUACUGCGGAUGUGGGGGAAUUACCCCGGAUCGACAGCCAAGUCCGUGUGGCUGUUCCUCGCCCACGUCCCAGUGGUCCAAUGACCCCCGGCCAGGCAUACCUAUUCGAAUCGUUAUUUAGCCUUGCAGACGAUCCAUCGGCUCUUCCGUAUACUUCGGAGAAUACUGAGCUGAGUAGGGGAACAGGAGAUGGACAGCAAGGUUCCGACUCGUGUUCAAAAAUAGAGCUGGUCGAUUACAAACCGACAGAUGUUGAUGAUAGUACCUGCGGCCAAUCUGAAAUCAUUCUCGCGAGAAUACUUCGCGAUCUAACGUUGGACCGCAAAGUUGAUAGUAAUGCCAUACCGUUUGUCGGCAUUCUUGUAUGUCUGCUUCCAUUCCAUCCCUUCUUAUACUCAGAACCCCUAAUCUGUGUUCACAUUGUAGUCACCGCAUGGAUGAGUCGGUUCCUCUUUGAACCUAGCCGAGUCAUCUUGCUCGCCCAAGAGACGAUUGCCCGUGGCCAAUUCGGAGAAAAAGCUCUUCAACGAAUGUUUUUGAUGGCCAACACAGUCUUGCCGAUCUCUAAAUCCACGAAUUACGAACUCACAACGUAUUUCAUGAGCCUGUACACCCAAUUAGUGAAUGGCGUCAUCGAGGCUCGGGCUCAAAGCGAGCUCACACGAGAGGCGGCCAUGGAAGCCAUGGAAUCUUGUCAUGAGGUCGGCCCCGCUGCCCAAAUGUUGAGGCGAUUACUGACAACGAAACAGAUUGUUUCUAUAACAGGCAAAGUUAGCUCCUUUGCAAACGUUCUGAAAUUGUUAGAGCUAUAUGCUCCCAUCUUCCGACGCGCCUGUCCGGAACCGAGCACCACGUUCGUGAACCUCCCCCGGAGACUCACGUCCAUCGAGAUGAACCUCAAGUUCUAUGCGACGUUUGAUGUCUUGCAAAGCAUUCUAACGUGUAGGCCGAUGUUCUUUCGGUACGACUUGGAGUUCCUCUCUCCAGAAGAUAGCGAGCUUCUCGAUGUAGUGGAUGGGCCGGGGCUGAGAUGGUUGAUUGGCGUGCCCGAUCGAUUGGUAUUCGUUUUGGGCAAGAUGAACACUCUUUUGGAGGAUCACGGAAACUGCAUUGAUUCAAAGACGGUGCAAGAACUUGAGAAGGAGAUUCAAGCCUGCAAGUCUGUUGCUUGGAAGAGUACGGGAGAGGAAACAGCUCUAGCAAUCGGGAGAAUGGCGGUUCAGGAAAGCUGGAGGCUGGCAGGGUACGUAUAUCUCUAUAUGGGUCUAUGCGGAAAAGACUCAUCGGAUACUCGAGUCAUCCGAGUCCAAAAGCAAUUUAUGAAAAUUCUGCAAACUGUGAAGCCUCGCAGGAUCCCAGACUCAUUUUUACUUCUUCCUAUGAUGAUCUUAGGCGUCGCCGCUUGCUCACCAGCAGAUCAGUCCGUUUAUCUCACCCGUUUAUGGGGGGUUUCCGAGUGCAACAAGUCAGGCACAAUGGGGAACGAUGUGAAUGUUUCUCAGCCUACAGUCAAGUUUCUUUCUCGCAUCAUCACCAUGAACUCGCUCGCCCCGUACAACUCUUCGUUACAUGUCUUUGGAAUUCCGGAGCUCGCUAAACUCAUAUGUGAUCUUGUUUCGAGACAUGACAACGCCAGAUUACUGUGUGUCUGCCGUCAGCUAUCUAUGGACAUUCGCCCGUUUGUGUGGACACAUACGGACGCUGUAGAAGUUCUCAUCGGAAUGAUUCCAGAAAGUCGUAUUGAGACCUAUGUGAAUGAGCCAUUUGCACCAUAUCGCACGAUGUAUCUUCCUAGAUCUCUUGAUUUGUCGAGGCUAGGAGUUUACUCUCCUUACAUCACACGCCUCGACAUCCCCCUAACAAUGUUAGUCAACAGAUACGAGAACUGGAAUGGCUUUCUCUCCUCUUUAGUCGCACAAGAGGUUGAUCUCUUACCCAACUUGGAGCACUUGAGGAUAGCUCUUUCUCGAGAUACUCGAGGAGAAAGAAUUCCUUCGGAAGCCUUUCAUUGGGCGGUAGCAUUCAUGUCAUCGUCACUUUUAAGCUUUCAAGUAUAUCCUGACGUGGAAUGGGAUACGGACUCCAAAUAUUUCUCACAUGCUUGGGUCGGAUUAGAUAUGGCGACCUACUUACUUCUGGUAUUGUCCAAAAAAUGCCUCAAGCUCAGCUCCUUGAGUUUUUUGCCCGGGAACAUUAAACUGAAGGUCGAAGGAGUCUUAACACAUCCUCGAUUAGGGUAUUUUGCCGAAAAGGUUCCUGUACUUGCAAAGUUCUGGGCACCACUACAAAAAAUCCACUUGAUGAUUCCUCGAUUUCAAUGUCUUCGGUCGCUCUCGGCGACACCAUACAUAUUGGAACCUGCUACUUUCGUUGCGCUCAGCAAACUGCCUUGCCUUGAAUCGUUAUCUAUCCGUGAUGUACAACUGGAUAGUGACUGGCAAGUCUACUGUUAUAAACUUGGCUCAGAAUUGACUGAACAGUCUUUUCCUGCACUACGAUAUCUGGACUUGAUAGAGAUCGUCUACGAUACACUUAUUCACAUCUGUAGUCAGAGGCCUCUUGCUCGGGCAUUAUAUAAUCUCAAACCCGCUAUUAUAUGGUCUGAUGUUCGUCGUAAUCAACUCGCUCAUUUACUGGGGUUGUUGGCUAAAUAUCGCUCUCCAGUGAAACGAUUAUGUCUUGCUCAUAUUCCUCUAAACUGGGGCCUUCUCCCACACUCUAUGACCUAUUUGUCCUUCUUAAAGCUCACUCACCUAUCGGUGCCCCGGCCAAAUGGCUUGAAUUAUGAAAUGGCCCAACUGGCCCAUGCAGCCCCCGGGUUAGAAUCACUCGAAUUCAAUCAAUGGAUGUGUUCCAGCGAUUUCGAGUUCAAUGAACUACGGUUCAUUGCUACGCUAUGGCCGAAUCUUCAACAACUAUCUCUCCCGAUUGCCUCUUCCUCGGCAGAGCGUCUUGAAGAACUGGAGCCAACUUUCGAGGAAGAUCUGGGUGAACCUAUACCAACAGGACAGAAUCCCUUGGCUAAACAUGUGGUUAAGAUAGCAAGGUACCUACACACGCUAUGGCCAACCGUCGAGUGCAAAGCCAAACGGUUCCCACCGUAUUUUGAGGAUUUGACGGAUUUAAAUAAUCUGAAUGACUGCGGGAAUCGAAUGUGGAGGGUAUCCACCCGCAAAUUCGAGGGGGCCGAGGCCAAAGCAUGGGAUCGUUCGGUUCCUAUGCGAUUCCUGGAUCACAGUUCUGCCAAUUCCGCGAUCGAUCGUGCAGAGUCCAACCUCGACUUUCCAUACUUCCCCCUAGGUGUUCCCACUCUCCACCAGUAUACCGAUCGCUUACGCAUCCAAUAUGAACAAUUGUUCAUCCCUUCAUUCGAACACGUACCUGCUCCUCUCACGCGGAGAGAUCCUAGUCCAAUUACCCAAACACCCAGUCCUUUGAUUGAACCCGACGUCGGUGCUAGCGCUUCUCAAAUUCGCGCGGGUAGAUCGUUAAAUACAUACCAAGCAAGCUUAUUCGACGCGAUUUUCAGCCUGGCUGAUGGUCCUCCAGCUAUUCCUUGCACCUCGGAAACUUCCAGUCCGACCUCGCUCUAUGAUUCUGACGCUGAGCGACAGGAUGCGAAUACAAGAUACAGCCAAAAUUCCGAUUUUGAUUUCCAAGCAGAAUCGCCGAUUGAUUGGCCAACAGACCUGGGCAAAGACACAGAUAAUAAAAACCUUCAGUUAAGCCUCCUUAAUACUCUGGCACUAGACCAGGAGAUUGAGAGUAAUAUGAUGCCGUUUAUUUCGCAUGCUUUCACGUCCUGGAUGGGCCGGUUUGUCUUUGAGCCAGUCAGAGGCAUUUCACUCGCACGAUUUGCUAUCGUUCGUGGUCACUCGUUGGGCGAGAAGGCUCGCCAACGAAUUUUCCUAGUCGCUAAAUUUAUGUUGGCUAUUUCCAAAUCUACGGACUACGAGUUGGCACUUUUCACCCCCUUACACGACCAGCUGUUAGACAGCGUGAUCAGAGCACAGGAGCACGAUGUUUUAACCAAAGAAGAGGCACUGAAAGCUAUGGACAGUGGUCAUCAGCUUCUUACCAUUAUUACCAAAGUAGGUUCACUCGCAAGCGUUCUGAACACCAUGGCACUAUGUGCUCCUAUUUUUUGUUGUCUUUGUCCUGAAUCAAGCGAAGAGCUAGUGAACCUUCCCGCAAGACUGAUAGCCACACAAGUUAACCUCAAGUUCUAUGCCACUUCGGAUGUCUUACAAAGUGUAAUAACGCACCGCCCAAUGCUCUUCCGGUACGACAUAGAAUUUCUUUCCCCAGAGGAUGAGAUACUUCUGAACCAAACCGAUGGACCCGGGUUGAGAUGGUUAUACGGGGUGCCUGAUCGACUCGUCAUUAUUUUGGCCAGGAUGAACGUUUUAUUGGAGGAUCACGGGAGCUGUAUUGACCCGGAAAAUAUUCAGAAAAUUGAGAAGGAGAUUCUGGCCUGCAAGCCUCUGAUUUCGUCUGGGAUAGGAGAAGACCCAAUCUUAAAGAUAGGAAGGGCAAUGAUGCAGGAGAGUUGGAGAUUGGCGGCGUACGUUUAUCUCUACAUGGUGGGUCAACUCGUUUGA